AUGCCAGUUUCCGCCAGCAUCAUUCCUCCGCCUGCCACCUCUCAGAGCACAGAAUCUCAGGGGACAACAACCACACCAACAUCAACAAAGUCCUCUGCUAGCUCUACCACUCUGACCACAGCUGAAUCCACAAUCCCUACUCAACAGCCAGUCACCUCCAACAUCACAGAAUCUCAGGAGACAACAUCCAUAACCUCCUCUGCCAGCUCUACCACUCUGACAACAGCAGAAUCCACAACCCCUACCCAACAGCCAGUCACCUCCAACAUCACAGAAUCUCAGGAGACAACACUCAUUGCAACAUCAACAGCCUCCUCUGCCAGCUCUACCACUCUGACAACAGCUGAAUCUACAACCCCUUCUCAACAGCCAGCCACCUCUCAGAGAACAGAAUCUCAGGGGACAACACCCACACCAACAUCAACAGCCUCCUCUCCCAGCUCUACCACUCUGACAACAGCAGAUUCCACAACCCCUACCCAACAGCCAGUCACCUCCGACACCACAGAAUCUCAGGAGACAACAUUCAUUGCAACAUCAACAGCCUCCUCUGCCACUUUUACCACUCCGACAACAGCUGAAUCCACAACCCCUUCUCAACAACCUGCUGCUCUCAGAGCACACAAUCUCAGGGACCAAUAUCAACAGCCUCCUUCUGCCAGUUCUACCACCCUCACAACACCUGAAUCCACAACCCCUUCUCAACAGCCAGCCACCUCCAGACCACACAAUCUCAGGGACAACACCCACACCAACAUCAACAACGUCUCAACAGCCAGCCACCUCCCACACCACACAAUCUCAGGGGACAACAUCCAUAGCCUCCUCUGCCAGCUCUACCACUCUGACAACAGCAGAAUCCACAACCUCUACCCAACAGCCAGUCACCUCCGACACCACAGAAUCACAGGAGACAACACUCAUGCAACAUCAACAGCCUCCUCUGCCAGCUCUACCACUCUGACAACAGCUGAAUCUACAACCCCUUCUCAACAGCCAGCCACCUCUCAGAGAACAGAAUCUCAGGGGACAACACCCACACCAACAUCAACAGCCUCCUCUCCCAGCUCUACCACUCUGACAACAGCAGAAUCCACAACCCCUACCCAACAGCCAGUCACCUCCGACACCACAGAAUCUCAGGAGACAACACUCAUUCCAGCCACCUCCCAGACCACACAAUCUCAGAGGACAACACCCACACCAACAUCAACAACGUCGUCUGCUAGCUCUACCACUCUCACUACAGCUGAAUCCACAAAUCCUACUCAACAGCCAGCCACCUCGCAGACCACAAAAUCUCAGGGGACAACACUCAUUGCAACAUCAACAGUCUCCUCUCCCAGCUUUACCACUCUGACAACAGCUGAAUCCACAACCCCUGCUCAACAGCCUGCCGCCUCUCACAGCACAGAAUCUCAGGGGACAAUGCCAACAGCCUCCUCUGCCAGUUCUACCACCCUCACAACACCUGAAUCCACAACCUCUUCUCAACAGCCAGCUACCUCCCAGACCACAGAAUCUCAGGGUACAACAGCCUCCUCUCCCAGCUCAACCACUUUGACAACAGCUGAAUCCACAACCCCUGCUCAACAGCCUGCCGCCUCUCACAGCACAGAAUCUCAGGGGACAAUGCCAACAGCCUCCUCUACCAGUUCUACCACGCUCACAACACCUGAAUCCACAACCUCUUCUCAACGUUCUACCACUCCGACAACAGCUGAAUCCACAACCCCUGCUCAACAGCCAGCCGCCUCUCACAGCACAGAAUCUCAGGGGACAAUGCCAACAGCCUCCUCUGCCAGUUCUACCACCCUCACAACACCUGAAUCCACAACCUCUUCUCAACAGCCAGCCACCUCCCACACUACACAAUCUCAGGGGACAACACUCAUUGCAACAUCAACAGCUUCCUCUGCCAGCUCUACCACUCUGACAACAGCUGAAUCUACAACCCCUUCUCAACAGCCAACCACCUCUGAGACUACAGAAUCUCAGGGGACAACACCCACACCAACAUCAACAGCCUCCUCUCCCACCUCUACCACUCUGACUGCAGCUGAAUCCAUAACACCUACUCAGGAGCCAGCCACCUCUCAGAGCACAGAAUCUCAAGGGACAAUACCCAUAGCCUCCUCUACCAGUUCUACCACUCUGACAACAGCUGAAUCCACAACCCUUUCUCAACAGCCAGCCACCUCCCAGACCACACAAUCUCAGGGAACAGCAACGGUAGCCUCCUCUGCCAGUUCAACAACUCUGACUACAGCUGAAUCCACAAUCCCUAGUCAACAGCCAGCCACCUCCCACCCCACACAAUCUCAGGGGACAACACUCAUUGCAACAUCAACAGCCUCCUCUGCCAGCUCUACCACUCUGACAACAGCUGAAUCUACAACCCCUUCUCAACAGCCAGCCACCUCUCAGAGGACAGAAUCUCAGGGGACAACACCCACACCAACAUCAACAGCCUCCUCUCCCAGCUCUACCACUCUGACUACAGCUGAAUCCACAAAUCCUACUCAAGAGCCAGCCACCUCUCAGAGCACAAAAUCUCAAGGAACAAUACCCAUAGCCUCCUCUGCCAGCUCUACCACUCUGACAACAGCUGAAUCCACAACCCUUUCUCAACAGCCAGCCACCUCCCAGACCACACAAUCUCAGGGAACAGCACUGGUAGCCUCCUCUGCCAGUUCAACAACUCUGACUACAGCUGAAUCCACAAUCCCCAGUCAACAGCCAGCCACCUCCCACACCACACAAUCUCAGGGGACAACACUUAUUGCAACAUCAACAGCCUCCUCUGCCAGUUCUGCCACUCUAACAACAGCUAAAUCCACAGCCCCUUCUCAACAGCCUGCCACCUCUCACAGCACAGAAUCUCAGGGGACAACACCCACACCAACAUCAACAAAGUCCUCUGCUAGCUCUACCACUCUGACCACAGCUGAAUCCACAAUCCCUAGUCAACAGCCAGCCACCUCCCACACCACACAAUCUCAGGGGACAACAUCCAUAGCCUCCUCUGCCAGCUCUACCACUCUGACAACAGCAGAAUCCACAACCUCUACCCAACAGCCAGUCACCUCCGACACCACAGAAUCACAGGAGACAACACUCAUUGCAACAUCAACAGCCUCCUCUGCCAGCUCUACCACUCUGACAACAGCUGAAUCUACAACCCCUUCUCAACAGCCAGCCACCUCUCAGAGAACAGAAUCUCAGGGGACAACACCCACACCAACAUCAACAGCCUCCUCUCCCAGCUCUACCACUCUGACAACAGCAGAAUCCACAACCCCUACCCAACAGCCAGUCACCUCCGACACCACAGAAUCUCAGGAGACAACACUCAUUGCAACAUCAACAGCCUCCUCUGCCACUUUUACCACUCCGACAACGCUGAAUCCACAACCCCUUCUCACAACCUGCUGCCUCUCAGAGCACACAAUCUCAGGGGACAAUAUCAACAGCCUCUUCUGCCAGUUCUACCACCCUCCAACACCUGAAUCCACAACCCUUCUCAAACAGCCAGCCACCUCCCAGACCACACAAUCUCAGAGGACAACACCACACCAACAUCAACAACGUCCCAGCCACCUCUCAGAGGACAGAAUCUCAGGGACAACACCCACACCAACAUCAACAGCCUCCUCUCCCAGCUCUACCACUCUGACUACAGCUGAAUCCACAAUCCCUACCCAACAGCCAGUCACCUCCCACACCACAGAAUCUCAGGAGACAACACUCAUUGCAACAUCAACAGCCUCCUCUGCCAGCUCUACCACUCUGACAACAGCUGAAUCUACAACCCCUUCUCAACAGUCAGCUACCUCCCAGACCACAGAAUCUCAGGCCAGCCACCUCCCACACUACACAAUCUCAGGGACAACACUCAUUGCAACAUCAACAGCCUCCUCUGCCAGCUCUACCACUCUGACAACAGCUGAAUCUACAACCCCUUCUCAACAGCCAGCCACCUCGGAGACUACAGAAUCUCAGGGGACAACACCCACAACCUCCUCUGCCAGUUCUACCACUCCGACAACAGCUGAAUCCACAACCCUGCUCAACAGCCAGCCCGCCUCUCACAGCACAGAAUCUCAGGGGACAAUGCCAACAGCCUCCUCUGCCAGUUCUACCACCCUCACAACACCUGAAUCCACAACCUCUUCUCAACAGCCAGCCACCUCCCACACUACACAAUCUCAGGGGACAACACUCAUUGCAACAUCAACAGCCUCCUCUGCCAGCUCUACCACUCUGACAACAGCUGAAUCUACAACCCCUUCUCAACAGCCAACCACCUCUGAGACUACAGAAUCUCAGGGGACAACACCCACACCAACAUCAACAGCCUCCUCUCCCACCUCUACCACUCUGACUACCGCUGAAUCCAUAACACCUACUCAGGAGCCAGCCACCUCUCAGAGCACAGAAUCUCAAGGGACAAUACCCAUAGCCUCCUCUACCAGUUCUACCACUCUGACAACAGCUGAAUCCACAACCCUUUCUCAACAGCCAGCCACCUCCCAGACCACACAAUCUCAGGGAACAGCAACGGUAGCCUCCUCUGCCAGUUCAACAACUCUGACUACAGCUGAAUCCACAAUCCCUAGUCAACAGCCAGCCACCUCCCACACCACACAAUCUCAGGGGACAACACUCAUUGCAACAUCAACAGCCUCCUCUGCCAGCUCUACCACUCUGACAACAGCUGAAUCUACAACCCCUUCUCAACAGCCAGCCACCUCUCAGAGGACAGAAUCUCAGGGGACAACACCCACACCAACAUCAACAGCCUCCUCUCCCAGCUCUACCACUCUGACUACAGCUGAAUCCACAAAUCCUACUCAAGAGCCAGCCACCUCUCAGAGCACAAAAUCUCAAGGAACAAUACCCAUAGCCUCCUCUGCCAGCUCUACCACUCUGACAACAGCUGAAUCUACAACCCCUUCUCAACAGCCAGCCACCUCUGAGACUACAGAAUCUCAGGGGACAACACCCACAACCUCCUCUGCCAGUUCUACCACUCCGACAACAGCUGAAUCCACAACCCCUGCUCAACAGCCUGCCGCCUCUCACAGCACAGAAUCUCAGGGGACAAUGCCAACAGCCUCCUCUGCCAGUUCUACCACCCUCACAACACCUGAAUCCACAACCUCUUCUCAACAGCCAGCCACCUCCCACACUACACAAUCUCAGGGGACAACACUCAUUGCAACAUCAACAGCCUCCUCUGCCAGCUCUACCACUCUGACAACAGCUGAAUCUACAACCCCUUCUCAACAGCCAACCACCUCUGAGACUACAGAAUCUCAGGGGACAACACCCACACCAACAUCAACAGCCUCCUCUCCCACCUCUACCACUCUGACUACCGCUGAAUCCAUAACACCUACUCAGGAGCCAGCCACCUCUCAGAGCACAGAAUCUCAAGGGACAAUACCCAUAGCCUCCUCUACCAGUUCUACCACUCUGACAACAGCUGAAUCCACAACCCUUUCUCAACAGCCAGCCACCUCCCAGACCACACAAUCUCAGGGAACAGCAACGGUAGCCUCCUCUACCAGUUCUACCACUCUGACAACAGCUGAAUCUACAACCCCUUCUCAACAAGCAGCCACCUCUGAGACUACAGAAUCUCAGGGGACAACACCCACAACCUCCUCUGCCAGUUCUACCACUCCGACAACAGCUGAAUCCACAACCCCUGCUCAACAGCCUGCCGCCUCUGAGACUACAGAAUCUCAGGGGACAACACCCACAACCUCCUCUGCCAGUUCUACCACUCCGACAACAGCUGAAUCCACAACCCCUUCUCAACAGCCGGCCACCUCUCAGAGCACAGAAUCUCAGGGGACAACACCCACACCAACAUCAACAGCCUCCUCUCCCAGCUCUACCACUCUGACUACCGCUGAAUCCAUAACACCUACUCAGGAGCCAGCCACCUCUCAGAGCACAGAAUCUCAAGGGACAAUACCCAUAGCCUCCUCUACCAGUUCUACCACUCUGACAACAGCUGAAUCCACAACCCUUUCUCAACAGCCAGCCACCUCCCAGACCACACAAUCUCAGGGAACAGCACUGGUAGCCUCCUCUGCCAGUUCAACAACUCUGACUACAGCUGAAUCCACAAUCCCCAGUCAACAGCCAGCCACCUCCCACACCACACAAUCUCAGGGGACAACACUCAUUGCAACAUCAACAGCCUCCUCUGCCAGUUCUGCCACUCUAACAACAGCUAAAUCCACAGCCCCUUCUCAACAGCCUGCCACCUCUCACAGCACAGAAUCUCAGGGGACAACACCCACACCAACAUCAACAAAGUCCUCUGCUAGCUCUACCACUCUGACCACAGCUGAAUCCACAAUCCCUAGUCAACAGCCAGCCACCUCCCACACCACACAAUCUCAGGGGACAACAUCCAUAGCCUCCUCUGCCAGCUCUACCACUCUGACAACAGCAGAAUCCACAACCUCUACCCAACAGCCAGUCACCUCCGACACCACAGAAUCACAGGAGACAACACUCAUUGCAACAUCAACAGCCUCCUCUGCCAGCUCUACCACUCUGACAACAGCUGAAUCUACAACCCCUUCUCAACAGCCAGCCACCUCUCAGAGAACAGAAUCUCAGGGGACAACACCCACACCAACAUCAACAGCCUCCUCUCCCAGCUCUACCACUCUGACAACAGCAGAAUCCACAACCCCUACCCAACAGCCAGUCACCUCCGACACCACAGAAUCUCAGGAGACAACACUCAUUGCAACAUCAACAGCCUCCUCUGCCACCUUUACCACUCCGACAACAGCUGAAUCCACAACCCCUUCUCAACAACCUGCUGCCUCUCAGAGCACACAAUCUCAGGGGACAAUAUCAACAGCCUCUUCUGCCAGUUCUACCACCCUCACAACACCUGAAUCCACAACCCCUUCUCAACAGCCAGCCACCUCCCAGACCACACAAUCUCAGAGGACAACACCCACACCAACAUCAACAACGUCGUCUGCUAGCUCUACCACUCUCACUACAGCUGAAUCCACAAAUCCUACUCAACAGCCAGCCACCUCGCAGACCACAAAAUCUCAGGGGACAACACUCAUUGCAACAUCAACAGCCUCCUCUGCCAGCUCUACCACUCUGACAACAGCUGAAUCCACAAUCCCUUCUCAACAGCCAGCUACCUCCCAGACCACAGAAUCUCAGGGUACAACAGCCUCCUCUCCCAGCUCUACCACUUUGACAACAGCUGAAUCCACAACCCCUGCUCAACAGCCUGCCGCCUCUCACAGCACAGAAUCUCAGGGGACAAUGCCAACAGCCUCCUCUACCAGUUCUACCACGCUCACAACACCUGAAUCCACAACCUCUUCUCAACAGCCAGCCACCUCCCACACUACACAAUCUCAGGGGACAACACCCACACCAACAUCAACAGCCUCCUCUCCCAGCUCUACCACUCUGACUACAGCUGAAUCCAUAACACCUACUCAAGAGCCAGCCACCUCUCAGAGCACAAAAUCUCAAGGGACAAUACCCAUAGCCUCCUCUACCAGUUCUACCACUCUGACAACAGCUGAAUCUACAACCCCUUCUCAACAAGCAGCCACCUCUGAGACUACAGAAUCUCAGGGGACAACACCCACAACCUCCUCUGCCAGUUCUACCACUCCGACAACAGCUGAAUCCACAACCCCUGCUCAACAGCCUGCCGCCUCUCACAGCACAGAAUCUCAGGGGACAAUGCCAACAGCCUCCUCUGCCAGUUCUACCACUCCGACAACAGCUGAAUCCACAACCCCUGCUCAACAGCCUGCCGCCUCUCACAGCACAGAAUCUCAGGGGACAAUGCCAACAGCCUCCUCUGCCAGUUCUACCACCCUCACAACACCUGAAUCCACAACCCCUUCUCAACAGCCAGCCACCUCCCAGACCACACAAUCUCAGGGGACAACAUCCAUAGCCUCCUCUGCCGGGUCUACCACUCUGACUACAGCUGAAUCCACAAUCCCUAGCCAACAGCCAGCCACCUCCCACACCACACAAUCUCAGGGGACAACAUCCAUAGCCUCCUCUGCCGGGUCUACCACUCUGACAACAGCUGAAUCCACAACCCCUGCUCACGAGCCUGCCGCCUCUCACAGCACAGAAUCUCAGGGGACAAUGCCAACAGCCUCCUCUGCCAGCUCUACCACUCUGACAACAGCUGAAUCUACAACCCCUUCUCAACAGCCAGCCACCUCCCAGACCACACAAUCUCAGGGGAAAACACCCACAGCCUCCUCUGCCAGUUCUACCACUCUGACUGCAGCUGAAUCCACAACCCCUUCUCAACAGCCGGCCACCUCUCAGAGCACAGAAUCUCAGGGGACAACACCCACACCAACAUCAACAGCCUCCUCUCCCAGCUCUACCACUCUGACUACCGCUGAAUCCAUAACACCUACUCAGGAGCCAGCCACCUCUCAGAGCACAGAAUCUCAAGGGACACUACCCAUAGCCUCCUCUACCAGUUCUACCACUCUGACAACAGCUGAAUCCACAACCCUUUCUCAACAGCCAGCCACCUCCCAGACCACACAAUCUCAGGGAACAGCACCGGUAGCCUCCUCUGCCAGUUCUACUACUCUGACUGCAGCUGAAUCCACAACCCCUUAUCAACAGCCAGCCACCUCUCACAGCACAGAAUCUCAGGGGACAACACCCACACCAAAAUCAACAACCUCCUCUGCCAGCUCUACCACUCUGACAACAGCAGAAUCCACAAACCCUUCUCAACAGCCUGCCACCUCUCAGAACACAGAAUCUGAGGGGACAACACCAACAGCCUCCUCUGCCAUCUCCUCUACUCUGGUAAUAGUUGAAUCCACAACCUCUGCUCCAGGUAUCACAACAGUAUACCUCUUACGGAGCACAGUUUCAACAGGAACUGCAACCGUUUUCUCUACUACAGGCAGUAUCGCUACAGAGUCACCUGCUGUGCAAACAUCACCUGCUCCCAUGAGCCUUGUCACCACUCCUGGAUCGACAACACAAACUGCUACUGCUGUUUCCAAUCCAUUGACAGGGAACACCACUUCUCAGAUAGCCAGUAGUCAACAGCCAGCCACCUUCCAAACCACAGAAACUCAGGGAACAAUACCGACACCAACACCAGCACCAUCAACCUCCUCUCACAGCUCCUACGCUCCGACCGCAGCUGUAUUCACCACCCCUGCUCCAGCGAUCACAACACAGAGAUCUCAGUCUGGGAUCACUGAUUCCACUCUUCCUAGCACCCUUUCGUCUGUUUCCUCCACUUCAGGGAGUACUUCUCCAGAACCAUCUACUUCAGUUGUCGUCACGACUGUUGCUUCUUCCCCUUUCAGUCUUAGCUCCACAACUGUGACAGCAGGAGCUUUUCCUGUGCAGACUACCUUCACAACCACAGAAAGAAGCACCCUUUCCCAGGCGGGAAGCACAAAUACAACCCUCAAUGAGACAAUCCUUCCUGUAACAGUCCCUCCCUUGGAUCAUGAUCCAGUUAGUAGCACAUCUGUGCCCACCACUGAGAGCCAGGUACCUGUGCACACAACCACUCCCACAGCCCAUUCUGGGUCCACCACUCUGCUAGUACCCUUUGUGAGUUCUGCAGGCCCCCCACGCAGCACACCUCACACUACUCUUGUUGCAUCAGCAUCAUCCUUGUCCCAACCAUCAACGAAGACAGCAGCAUUGACCUCAGGACCUACCACUGGGGAGAGUCCAGCACCUUCUUCACAGCCACCCAGGAGCUCUGCAUUCCCAGAGAUUACUGCUGCCACUCCAGGAUUGCCAUCCAGUUACACCAGCCCUCCUAGCUCUGCAAGUACCAUCACUGAUUCAGUCACCUCCACACAGUUCUCCCUUACCUUGACCUCUGGAGCCGCUGUCAAUGCAAACCAGACACUUCCAUUCCCAAGUCAUAUCACUACUCUGCCUGUUGGGAUCACAUCCAAACCUAGCACUCUCCGGUCUAGCACAACCAUCUGGAUGACUUCUGAGAAUGCUACAGCCUCCCUGGCUUCAGAAAUGACAACCUCUCCAUCAAAUCUACCAUGGACCCACAGUGAAAAGAGUACAGCCACAACAUCACUUCAAACUACCCUUCCUGCCCUGCUAGCUUCCACUCCAGAAAUAUCUACCAUCACCCAACCAAGAACAUCCACAACCAGUCCCUUUACAGGUAUUCCACUCUUCCCCUAUGAACAGGACCAAAGAUAUGUCAGUAUGAGAGUGGACUUCACUGUAGGAGUCUUCAGGCCUCAGAUUGGAUUCCCCUUUGGUUCCAGGCUCCGGGAUUUCCUCUAUUUUACAGACAAUGGCCAGAUCAUCUUCCCACCCUCAGAAUUCGACAUUUUCUCCUACCCGAACCCACCUCCCGGGGGCUUUACAGCCAACUACCAUUUGGCCACAGUGGCUGCAUUUUGGGAUGAUGCUGAUUUUUCCAGUGGUCGAGGAGAAAUAUAUUACCAGGAAUACAAUACAUUCUAUGGGGAAAAAAACAGAUUCCUGAAAGAAGUGGAGUCUCAGAUUCUAAAAUCUACUGGGAUCCAGUAUGAGGCCAGAUGGACCCUGAAGAUCACAUGGGUUAAAGCUCCUCCAUACCCAGCCCAAAGAAUAUCUGGGGACAACACCUUCCAGGCCAUCCUCACAACUGAUGGGAGCUGCUCUUUCGCCCUGAUCCUUUACCAGAAUGGUGGAAUGAGGUGGGCUGUGCCCCCAUCCUCAGCAGCUGAUGUUCUCAUAGGCUUCUCCAGUGGAGAUGGAUUUUUCUUCAAUGAUCCCCUGACCUCAAGGCCCCCAGAGGAGAAAUAUCGUCCAGAUCAGGUCAAAGGUUCUGAAACAGGCUACAGGGGUUUUCAGAUAUACAAGUUACAAAGAGAGUGGGAAAUCCGACCAAACUACCGCUUGAAGUGUCUGCAGUGGCUGAAGCAGAACCCAAUGAGAGGAUGGAACUGGAACCUGUUUUGUCCUUGCUCCUGGCAGCAGGGCCUAUGGGACCUAAGAUUUCAACCAAUUAGAACAGGCUGGACCAACAGAAGGCAGCUCUGCAGCUUUUCUUCCUGGCGAGGGAGCAUCUGCUGUGUGUAUGGUAACUGGGGAGAGCUUCGUGAUGGCUGGAGUGUCCGCAACCCUUGGGACCUUGAGCAAGAAGAGGAGGCUCAAAACUGGUGCUGCCGGUGGAAUGACAAGCCAUUCUUGUGUUACCUGUACCAGCAGAAGAGGCCUCCCGUCAGCUGUAUAGGGUAUAGGCCCCCUCGACCUGCCUGGAUGUUUGGAGAUCCCCAUAUCACCACCCUGGAUGGUGCCAGCUACACCUUCAAUGGAUUGGGAGACUUUCAGCUGGUUCAGGCCGGAGAUGGAAACUCCUCCUUCCUGCUGCAUGGACGGACAGCCAAGAUGGAGUCAGCCCAAGCAACCAAAUUUGUUGCCUUUGCUGCUCACUACCAGUCCAACCUCAUAAACAACACAGUUCACUGGUUUCUUGAACCGAAUGAUACCAUCCAAGUUCAACUCAAUAAACAGAAUGUGACUUUUACUGCCCAUAGCAACUUUUCAGAAGAUAUGAAGAUAUACAAUUCCUCUGGAAUUUUGUUGAUUCAAAACGGCUCUCUGAUAUCUGCCAGCUUCGAUGGGACCGUGGUAGUCUCUGUGCAGGCACUGACCAACAUUCUGCAGGCUGUUACCAGCCUGCCAGAAGAGUAUCAAAACCACACUGAGGGCCUUCUGGGGGUCUGGAAUAACAAUAUCUUUGAUGACUUCAAGAUGCCCAAUGGUUCCUUCAUUCCCUGGAACAGCUCUGACGAGGAGUUUUAUCACUAUGGAAUGACCUGGAAUGUCAGUGGAAAGAGCCUCUUUGAUGACAGACAUGAUAAUCUGAGCAGCAACUUCACUCCCAUCUUUCUCUCUGAAUUGAAAAACAAGGCCCCCUAUAUGUAUAUAUGGGCUUCCCUGUGUAACAACAGUGAACAAUGUCUUUAUGAUACCCUGGCCACAGGGAAUCUCAGUAUUGGGAAGGCCACCAGCACCGUCGCUAGAAAUUUCCAGAGCAUGAAUGGCACCCUCAACAAGUUCCCACCCCACAUUUAUGGUGAGACCUUGAUCCGUGCCUAUAUGGGGAAGACCCAGAGAUUGAUAUAUCGAAGCAAUGACCCAGGAGCCAUCUUUCACCUCAGUCAAAACUCUCCUGACAUCAUCUUCACAGGAAAUGGAACGUUGCUGUGGACUCCACAAUCCUUUGACCCUUUUAACCUUGAGCUCCUGGUGAGGAAUGCAGAAGGCUUGUCUUCUGUUCUACAGCCCGAGACUGUGCUCUGCAACUGCUCAAAUGAGAACCAGUGUAACUACAGUGACAGCAGCAGGCUAUACAACUCGUCCCUUCAGGUGGCGGCUUGUAAAUGUAACCAGGAAACCUUUGGCUUUUUCUGUGAACGCCGGCUUGACCGCUGUGUUGAUCUCUGUUACCCUGGUGUCCCCUGUGAUCCAAUAAAGGGGUGUGACUCCUGCCCUAAGAACAUGACAGGAGAUGGGAGACAUUGUGCAAGCUGUGAGACUUUAGAGUGUCCCCGCGAUCAUUGCUACAAUGAUGGAAAGUGCUUUGUCUCCUCCACCUGCCAAUUCACCUGCCUUUGCCCCCCAGCUUUUGUUGAUGAUCAAUGCUACAUAGCUGGGAACUCCUUUACACCAACCAUGCUUACAGAUGUUCCUCUGAGAAUCAUCCAGCUCUUCCUCAGUGAAAGUGAAAUGGCUACCCCAGAAGACGUCAAUGCCACGGUCACUUAUAAGCUGGAAUUCCUAGAAGGUCGGGCUUUUCUGAAGAACAGCCAGGUUACAAAAAUCAAUACCAAUGGUCCGGUUCAGAAGUGGAAAGUGACUGCAGAGUUCCAGUACUUCCCUGAGGGCUCCGUGAUUGAUUUCCUGAACAAUAGGCUGGUGGAAGCAGUCCGCAAGCACCUCUGGAAACAGGAUGCACUCUCAGGGAUUUUGAAUCCACGGAAAAAUGUGUCCUUUUUCCCUGUUACAGAGAAAGAUAUCAUCAGUGUAAAAUUACUUGAAGUGAAUGACCUGAAGAAAUACUUCAGCUGCAAUGACACUUACCCUGGUUACCACCUUGUUUACAAUGACAAAACUGGCUUCUCCUGUGUGUCUCCCUGUUCUGAGGGCUACUGUAAACAUGGAGGCCUGUGUCAACACCUGCCUAGUGGGCCAAAAUGCAGCUGUGGUUCCUAUUCCAUCUACUCCCCAUCAGGUGAACGCUGUGAGCAUUUGGGCGUAAGCCUGGGUGCCUUCUUUGGGAUCCUGUUUGGAGCACUGGGUGCCUUGCUUCUGUUGGGGGUUGGAACCUUGCUGAUUCUUCGAUACUGGCGAAACCCAGGGAGAUGGUACACCAUCAGUGAUUCUGAGAAGUGAAAAACCUAUGGGCAAAGGAAAGCCAGCUGUGGCUAUGCCCCCUCCAACUUCACCUUUACAACUCUAUGCUCUGGUGCUUUGGGAAGACAGUCAUUGGAAAUGUUUCAGGAUUUUUCAGGGAGGAUGCUUGAGGAACAAGAGAUUAAACUGGGACAACACACCAUAUCAAUAUACACACUGGGAGACAAGCCACAAAAAGACACAUCCAUAUGUGUAUACCCAACAGGACUCAUUUGGGAUAAUGGGCCAAUGCACUUGGAUGAUAUUUUGCACAUGAGACUCCUUCAGAUUUACCUCUGAAUAAAUGAAAUCUAUUUAAGUCAAACUGUUCUUGAAUUUCAUGGGUUCAAAAACUAAGGAUGCCAUUUCUGACUUUCCUUUUCAUCGCUGAGGAGACAAGUACAACCUACAUGUCUUAAAGGGGCACUUUGGGGGAGGGCAGGGGUAUUGAUGGCCCCUUCCCAGCCCACAGUCUCUAUAAUGAAGACUUAGCAACUCUAAGUCCUGACCUGAUUUUUCCUCUACUGACUCUGUGGAGUUUGUUUCAGUCCAGCCAACCAGGAUUUUUUUUGGAGAGGGGUUGGAGGAAGAGAGAGAUAUCACUCAGAGACUCCCUAAAGAUGUUGGGUGUGUUUUUAAAAUAACACAUAGGAAAGGAUACACAGGUAUUCAUACUACAUCUGUCACACAGCUGCUUCCUGGAUCCCAAGGUCUCUGGGAUUGUCCAACUGAGAAAAAAAAAACUUUUUCAAGCCAAAGGUAUCCUGUCAACCACCCCUUUUGUAGUCUCACUUAAGGGAAAAGGUGCUCAUGAUGGAAUCACCAUUUGUUGCAACAGAGAUUGGCAGGUCCCCAAGGGUUUCCCCUAAUCCUGAAUUGCAUGCCCUCAAUGCUACUUCUAUAUUUGACCUAAAACUGAUACAUGCAAAAACCUUAGGUCAAUGUGAGGGGUGGUAGUCUUCACCCUCUUUAUUCUGGACUGCCAACAAACAAUCUUCCUGUCUCCACAUCUCUCUGCCUC